AUGGGGAAGCGAACACGGAGAGGGAAGAGGAGAAUCACCUCGCUGAACGAGCUGUACGAACUGGAGUAUGUAAAAAAAGAAAAAAAAAAAAAAUUGAAACAAUUGAGCUCGUUUAAAGUUAAGAAGAGUGACGAACCGGGUGUAGAGGCCAAUAAAGAAAGAGACAAAAAUGGAAAACAAAUUAACCACUUGAUACUUGAGGAGUAUAAAAAAUUGAAGGAACUCGAGGAGCCGACUCGAGAAAAGGGAAAAGAGACAGACGGAGAGGAAAGGAAAAAUAAAUCAGCCUAUACAACCUUCUUGCAAAUCUUAAAAAAAAAGGAACAGGAAAGGGGAAGCAAUGGAGACACGAGUGAUCACUUUAGGAAGAAAUAUUUAAAUGGGCGACCCGCUUUAGCGGGUCCUUCCGAAGGGACCACCUCCGAUGAAGAAGCAAACCGGGGAGACUCUCCUAACAAGGAGGAAGCCAAAGAAGCCACUUCAAAGCAUCACAUCAAAGAAUCCAAAAUAAGCGUGCCAAAAAAUGUAGACGACUUGUACAUGUCCUUUCUAAUCAGAAGUGUGAAAAGUCAGAGGAGCCAACAUAACCGAAGAAGGAGCUCCCCAAUAUGGGACAGCUCCCAACGUACGCACAAAACAACUGAGGGGAACAGCCCAACGGAUGAUUUCUCGAUGAAUAGAAGCAAAACACACAUAGGAGAAACUUCCGAAGCAACCCAAGCGCACAACGAACAAGCUCCGGAAGGAACGAAGACACACCCCAAUUACUGCUCCACCUAUAAAGCCAAAUGCAUUUUCAAAAACUACAUGAACGAGUCAUACAAGUUGUCUGAAAACAAAAUGGACUAUUUCUUCACCUUCUGCCAAAAUGUGGACGAGAAUUUUCUGCAGAAAUUUUGCUCAAAAAAAGUAAGCAAAGUGGGGAAAGGGGAUAGAACCAAGCGAGACAGGAAAAGGGAAACCAUCGAGGAGGCCUACGUGACGUCCAACUUGUUUUUGGAAUCGAACAUUUUUAGUGGCUCCAGGGGUGAGCGGCGUAGUGGGGAGCGGACUGAGGAACAUACUGAUGACAGCACAGACAACCACACCGACAAAAGCAGCCACAACGACAACCGCGCCGGCCCCGAGGGCGAACUCUUCUGCGACGUCGAAAUCAGACCGCAUUUCUUCUCCAGCUACCGGGAGAAAAACCACGUGCCGUAUUACCUGCUCAACGUCCUAGACACGACCCCAAAGUGCUUCCUCCACAAAGGGAAUCCCUACAACGUCUACGAGCCGAUACUCCAGCGCGCGCAGAAUUACCUUUCCGCCUUUGAGCACCCCCUAGGGUACUUCAACAAGGCUGUUUACAGAUACCUGGAGGAGUACUACUGCGAUGGUCUCAAUCCAGUGGGCGCUCAGAAAAAUGGUGAAAAUUACAAUAAUGCAGGAGAAAACCCUAUUAUGGAAGGAGACAACCCCGUUAUCGAAGAGGACUACCUCUAUGCCUCCCCCCUCCGCGACGCACAGACCAGUGGCCGACUCAGGAAGGACAAAGAAAAAAUACUAAACGUCGUGAAUCUCAUGCAGCACGACGAACUGAGGAGCUACUUCCACUACGUCAAUUCGUAUGUCGAUGUCCUGUACUCAAACCAACACGUCCUUACCAGCCAUUUUGUCAGACUCCUAAAUAGUGUCCAUCUGCUGACCCACUUAAAGAAACGGAGGAAGAGAAAAAAGUACAUAAAAAAAAAAAUCGAAAAAUUGGAAAAGGAACAAGAGGUGGAAAAAGACAACGUCCAGGUGAAGGAAGAACUCUGUGAUGAAAGUUUCGCAAGGCCAAAAAUUCUAAUCCUCUGUGGAUUCAGACACAUUGCAAAGGAGUACACUGAUUUAAUCAUCCAAAUGUUAACACCAACAGAGGUGAAAAAUAAAAACCGAUUUAUUAACGAAUAUGAUGUAACUGCUGAAGAGAAAAAAUCCAUCAAAGAUGUCUUCCUAAAAAAGAGAAAACCCAUUGAUUAUAUAAAUCUGUACAGUGGAAACAACGACGAUUGUUUCAGGCUAGGAAUUAAGCUGCUCGAGGAUGAGAAGAAAAUACAACUGUAUAGCCCAUUCUAUGAUAGCGACAUUUUAAUAUCCUCCCCCCUCGGAUUGGACGUCAUGAUUAAGGAGAGCCAUGGAGAGGACGAGCAGAAAGUCGGACUUCCAAGUGACGACUCUUCCGACCGAGACGGAUGGGGGUAUGAAGAAAAGGAUUACAGUAAUCAGGUUGCAAUUAGGGGGUUGCUAUUAGGAGGUUGCUAUUAG